AUGUCCAACCCUAAUCAACUGCAUGAAGGAAAAUUAUUUGUCGGUGGCCUUGCGUCGUCAACAACUCAAGACAAAUCAAGGGGAUUUGGAUUCGUCAUUAUGAAUAAUCAAGACCAAGUUAAUAAUGUUUUGUCCAAGGGUCCACAUUUUCUGGAUGGAAAAUAAAUUGAUUGCAAGAGAGCAGUUCCAAAAGAAAAAUUAUAAACUAUACCAAAGAAUGAGAAGAAAUCAGAGCCCGCAAAGGAGGAAUAGAAGUCUAAAUCACGAAAAUAAAAGAAAUUGACCCAGAAAGCCAUCUCAUCAUUAGAUGUUUGCAAGAAAAUAUAAUCAGAUAUAAUAUAACCUACUCAAAAUACGAAUACCACUCUAAAUUAGACAGAGUUUGACUAAAAUUAAAAUCAUUUAGUCAACUAAUUUGGAUCACGAAACUAAGAUGUUGCUAGCAUCCAUAAUGGUAGCGAGAAUGAAAUUAGUGAUAGGUAAUAUUAAAUUUUGACUCAAUUUUUAUAGAACAUUCCACAACUCAAAAUUAGAUUCGAUCCUCCCAAACAAAAAUGGCAUCCAGAGCUAAAUUAUUUCUCUAAGUAGAAAGUAGUAUUAUCGGAUAUUGAGAGCUAAAUUGUUCAAAUUUCAGACAUUAAUCUAAAUGAUCAUUAUAAGUAAAAUGUUAUAGAAAUUGAGAAAACUCACGAUCAAAAAAUAUAGUCUUCUGAAUAUUAUUUGAAUCAAUAUAUAGAGAAUUCAGAUAGAGAUUCCACCACACAGAUUAGCUCCUUGGAUUAAAUGUUUGACUUUGACGAUUCUAAGAAGGGUUUAGACUUUAAUGAAAUUAGUUUAAGCUGCAUAUCUUUAGAAGAGGACCCUAUGAGUUUUAGAACUACUAAAAUUUUCGUUGGAGGCCUGAACCACGAAGUCAGUUAACAGGAAUUAAAAGAGUACUUCUCAGUCUUUGGAAACAUAGAAGAGUGCAUAAUAAUGGUAGAUAAGAAUACAUUGAAAUCUAGAGGUUUUGGUUUUAUCACUUUCUAGAAAGAUGAUUCAGUAGAAAAGGUAAUGGAUGAGAAAGAAAAACAUUUUUUACAUGGUAAAUGGAUCGACUGUAAGAAGGCAAUGCCUGUAAAUCAUUAGUCAUUACAGAAAGCCAAGAAGGAAAAGAUUAUUAACUAAAAAAUGGCUAAUAUCAUAGCCGUAGCAGAGAAGAAAGAAAUGCUGGCUGGCUUGAAGUUAUCCUCGUAGCAGUCAAUAGUCAUAGAAAAGCUCAGAAUAAUCUCUGAGAGACUUUAACUUAAAUUCUGUAGGAGAUAUAACAACAAUCUUCCCAAGCAGUCCCAUGUAGAAAGCUUAGGAUGA